AUGUCCGAAUCUCCGGUCCCUGACGAGCAGCAUCUGGCGACGGACCGUCAGGCCAAACGACCACACAAAGGCGGGCGGAAGCCCUUGAGCUGCCUUGCAUGUCGGCGCCACAAGCUCAAGUGCGACCGUAAAGUCCCCUGCGGCACCUGCACGCGCUUUCGUCGCGAGAAGUUCUGCCGCCUGAACCCGGCGCCUCCGAAGCCAGGUCGGCCAAGGGGCAGAGAGCAGACGGCGGCAGAGGUCGAUGCCGCAUCGCCGGAGGGGGCCUCCAACGUGGAUUCUUCGGUCCGAGAAGCCAUCACUGAUGCUUCUACCGGCGUGGGCCUGCUCUCGCUCCGGAACAGCCAGCUGGCUGUUGUUGGGCCCAAGGCUGACGCUGCUGUUGAGACCAGAGAUGUCCCGUCCUUCUUCCGGGCUCUCGGCUUAGACGCCAACACCACGUCCAUACCCGUCUCUUCGCUUCCGCAGCUCCUCGCAGAGAUUCAGCGUGCUAAUCAGCCGUCUCUGCUGUGGAACAUGAUGGAGGGAGACGCCAACAGGCGGUAUUGGGAGACGCAGCUGCAGUCGGCCCUGCCAUCGCGGUCUAUGUGUGACCUGAUGGUGAACUACUACCUCGAUCAUAUCAACUGGAUCUUCCAGAUCACUCACGUGCCGUCAUUCCGGCGCCAGUAUGAAGACUUCUGGGAAGCCAAGGACGGCCAGGAGAUGGAUUUCAUGUUCACGGCACUCCUCUUCACCAUCAUCUCAGUCAGCGCCCUUUUCAUACCUCCUGGGACGGCUGAGAUAUUCGGAUGUCCUAAGGAGUCGAUCCGGGACCUUGCACAUGUAUGGCACAAGGUCUCUCACCAAGCGUUGCGGGCUGGAGACUACGAGUCAAAGCCGUGCAUUGUGCAACUUCAGACCUUUUCCAUAACGCAGUUUUAUUGGUACUCCACCAACAAGAUUGAUACACUAAACUCACGGCUAGGGCAAGCUGUGAGAACCGCUCAAACUCUCGGACUAGAUAAAGACCUAGCUCCUUCUCAAACAUUGCAUGAUGAGAUGAGACACCGUAUCUGGUGGGAUCUCGUUGAUUCGGACACAUUCCAAUCCAUCUGUUUGGGUCGCUCUCCACUGAUACGCUUGGAGACUCCGGGAGUCCCUCUACCACUCAACUGCAACGACGACGACAUCACCGAGACAUUCCUGCGGCCACGUCCUCAUGAUGAGCCAACUGUCAUGAUGCUAAACAUAUUCAGAGCCCGAUUCUUCAAAUUGAUGAACAAUCAUAUUUGUUACCGUAAUCCUAACGACGGUGACUCCUACGAGGCUAUCUGCAAAUUAGAUGACGAGGUCCUUAACAUUACAAGAUCCUACCCUUGGUUCUUUCAGCUCGAUCAAGAGGGCCGACCGCCUCCAUUGCCACACCCAAUGGCGGAGAUACUUACUUGGCAAAAUCACAUUAUCCGCACAUGUAUCAGUACUCAGCGCAUUCGCAUGUAUCGUCCCUUCAUAUCGCAUCGUAUCGGCGACUCUUGGGCCAAAUGCAUCGAAGCAGCCGAGGACGCCAUGGCAGUCUACAGAACCCUCCGAUGGAACAAAUCAAGCACUUCCCUUCAAAAGUUCCUUCCCCAGGCAUAUCAAAUGUUUUCUGUUGCCGUGACAGUCACGGCGCUGCUUUUGGUAGAAGGUUCAUUGCCCAUACCGAAUGUUUGGCAGCAAAUCAGAAACAUGGCAGACGAUCUCAAGAUUUUGGAAGAUGAAGGCUGCGUGUCCCCCGUCGCUAGCCGCGGGAGACAAGUUUUGACUAAAAUGCUGAGCUUGGUGGAGAUGGGGAACAAUGGGGCUCCGGUGCCAGAAGAUACCGAGGACCUGGUCGCGGAUAUAGGCUUCAUCUUUGGCGGAGAACAAGCUGCUCAGGCUUAUUUGCAGAGAUUGGCAUCUCGAAAUCAACGGCUUAGGGGUCGUGACACUUCGGUGCCGUCGACAAUAUCGGAACAGAAGGCUACGCCGACAUCUAUGGACAGCUCUACGUAUUCACACUCUCGAUUCCAGUAUAUGGUGGGUGGCCAUGGCGUGGUGGAUGCAUCUAUCGUGGAAAAUUCGGCGGGGUACAUGGGACAGCAGCAGCAGCAGCCUGCGGGCGUAUAUCAGAUGGAUCUCAUGAUGGACGAUAUGGUGUUGCAGAAUAUGCUUAAUUUCGAUAUGACGGCGCUUAUGGCUGAUUCAAGGUUUGAGUGA